AUGUUUAAAUCAAGAAAUACUGAAAACCAAAAUAGAUUUGAUAUGAGUCUCCAGUCGGAGUAAACACAGCAGCAACCACCUAAGGACCGCUCAUAUGCAGAAAUUUUGAGCAAUAUACAAAAGUUCUAAAAUAAUAUAAGCCAUAAAACCUAGGUCGGCUACUCACUGGCAAAGCAAAUAACCAAUGAAAUCCCACUGGACAUGUACCAAAGACAGCAAAUGUACGAGAUAUUCAUUCAGAAAAUGGACGCAGUGUACAAAAGCGAACUCAGAUAUCAAAAGAGGCUCAAGAAGGAGGUCGAGAAGCAUAUCAAAGCUCCUCUUUACUCACUUAGUCCACUAAAGGAUAUUUUAAGAUCGUAUAAUAAAUUGACUGCUAGAGGAUUUAAUUCAGAGCUCCUCACUCAGACAUUAAGAAGUUUAGACCAAGCCUAAAGAGCAAGAGGAUUUAGAGGCAGAUAUAUGAAUGAUUAUUCACAAGAUGAAUUUGAGUAAAGCUGGAGAAUGGCUAAAGUUUUUGAAGACAUCUAAUUUGGACUCAGAAAGGAUCAAUACUUCAGUCCUACUCAUAUGGCUUAAACUGCAUCUUUACUUGGUGAAAUGGAAUGCAAAAACAACAAGCUAAUGCCAUUAUUCUUUGAAAAAAUCAAUGCCCUAUUAGAUGAGAGAUACAACGGAAUAAAGGACUAUGGAGAAUAAAGUUCACAUCAAAUCAUAUUUGGAGGCUUUAAAAACUUCCUUUCAAGACACUAUGUCUACAAAGGUUUCUAGAACUCAGAGGAAUUCGACCAUUAUGUUAAUAUACUAGUCAACUGGAAAAAUGAGAACAAAUAGCCUUUAUCAAAGAAAACUUUAGCUUAAAUGUCCCAAGAAGUAAAAGAACUCGAAGAUGCAAUGAAAAGUACAAUUAGCGCAGCUGUUUAAGUUAAAGAAAUGUAAAGGGAUCUUUCUGCAGCUCUUGAAAAUGUUAGAACUCAGUACUAUAAGUUACUUGAGACAAGUGAUAAGCAUGCUUUUCUACAAGAAAAUGAAUAUAUCAGAUACGAUAUUUUGGAAUUAUAAGAAUUGCUUGUAAGGGCUGGUUACCUUGACCCAGAAGAAGCCUUAAAGCAUUUCUCUUAAGAGCCUUUUGAAAAUAGAAUGGAAAGAGCAGCAAGUGUAUUUUAUGACUAUGUGAUUAACUAUGCUCCUGAGAUGCUAUCACCUUAACAUGAAGCCUUCUAUCAAGCUGCUCAAGAGAGCAUUAAAAAUAGCAAUGGAGAGUAGAAAUCAAAUGAUCACUAUCUAACAGAGUUGCAUGAUGCUAUGAAUUUGGGAACUCUCUCACAAGCUUUUGCUGGUCUGGAGUCACUUGCACUUUCAUACAGAAAAGAUGUUAAUAGAGAAGAUUAUUUGAAUGAAUUCUAUGAGAAUUACGUGCUUCCUGAAGAUAAGUAUGUCAAAGAAAUGGAGUAUGGAAGAUUCUUCAAGCAGCAACACGUAUUGAUGGAAAGAAGUUACCUCAGAGCUUGGAAAGUGUUUAGUGAUGAGUCAGAAAAACUGCUUCCAUAUUUCAGAGAUUUAGUGAACUUAGAUAAGGAUAACUUAGAUGCCUAACUAAAUGGACUGACUGGUUUGGCUGCAAUAAGGUUCGAUGAGCCAUAGCUUAGAAAACAAAUAGUCUAGAAUGCUCUCGAUUUACUAGCCAAAAAUAAAAAUCCAAGCGCUUAAGGUAUCAAGGGCGGUCUCAUUGGUCUCGCUUAAAGUUCAACAUUAGAUGAAAAUGCCAAAGAACUAGCUAAGAAAUUGACUUAAAAAGUUAACCAUAACUAAUAUACAUUCAGUGAAUAAAUCAACAUAAUGUGGGCACUAUGUGCACUAUAACAGUAUGAAUCCUAAGCUCUCCGCAAUAUCAUUAAAUCAUUCAAUAAACUUAACUUUGAGAGACUAGAUAAUGAUCUUAGAUAUAGAGAGUACGAUAGACUAAUGGAAGCUAUCCAGGCAUUAAAACUUGAAGCACCUAAAAAUGUUCAAAUCACUAAUAAAACCAUUCUAGCUGGAUUCGAUGGUCAACACGGUUACAGAAAUUCAAGAUUCCCUGAGACAUAUGCAAACUAUGAUCCAUUCAAAAGAAGAGUGCUUCACGCUUUAGCCAAAGGGUUAAGCGAGGCUUCAAUCCAGCAUGAAGUCAUCAUGGAGAAUGAACUUGUCAAUUAACAGGUUGCAGACUAAACAAUUUUGAAUGAACACAAGUAUCCAUACAAGCCUGAUCUAAUUAUGGGUUAUAAGAACUAGAAGGUAGGCCUAUUUGUUCUUCCUGAAACUUACGCUACUAAGGACACUUACUAACCAACUGGUGAGUAAAGAUUCAGGAUGAGACUUCUUGAGAAAGCUCAAAAGGGUGAGAUUUAAACAGCAGCUGUAGCCAUAGGCUAAGUCAUCAAUUUUGACAUUGAAAAGUAUCAACUAGCUAUUAAUAGAAGCUUUAACUUUAAGUAGGUACUUGAUUAAUAAGUCAAAGUCUCAGCAGACUAAUAACUAAGUGACUUCUCUUAAUUAUCUGAUUUCGCUCUUGAUCUUGUGACAAGGGCGGCUAAUUUCACUCCAUCAUUGCCAGAUGAUGCUGAUGUGAGAAGAAUGGACAUUUUCAUGAAAAAGCUUGCUCAAUGCUUCCAAAUAAAGCAGCAAAUGGAGCUCAAGUUUGAUGUUUCACAAAGAAAUAUUGGUAGAGAUGAGCUAAGAUUCUAAUUGAUGCUUGCAGGUAUAUAGUAUGAUAAUCUGAAUCCUUAAUGCAAACACUUUGUUAAAUAAUCCUUACCUCAAGGUUAUGACUCAUUGAAGACCUUAUUGAUGGAACAUGCCUAGUAACUUAAACAUGAGGAAGAUAAGAGUGUCAAGCCACUGCCUGAAUAACUUGAUAAAAACUGGUUAGGAACUAGAUUAGAGGUUGAAUUACCCUAAGUCCCCAAUUCAGAAUUCACAAAAUCUAUUGUGCCUGAGAUGAUAAAUCAAAGAUUUAUGUGGGUAUAAGAUUACUUCCACUAUUAAGAUUGGCAAUAAAAACAAAAAGCUGUAUUUGAUAACUUCAACUUACUUUAAAUCCCACUUCACAAGGACUAACACAAAUUUUUCUUCGAAAAGGAUUAUCAUCAUAGAAGAAUUCCAUAAGGAGUGUUUCCACAUCCAAAUCAUAAAAGAUAAGUACUUAAGCCUCAUGCUUAGGUUUAUGAGCUAGAGCUUGCAAGGCAAAAGGGUCAGAAUGAUGAAAUGGUAUUAUUUGAGAAGGAACCAUUUAAAAUGAUGAUUCUUAAGGAGUUCCAAAAAAUUGAGACUUAGAAACCAAUUGACUAAGAAACCAGUAUGAUCACUAACCUUUAAAAUAUCAAGCAGGGACUUAAGUCUGACUAUAGUGAUAAAGAAAUUUUGAACAUAGUUUUACUGAAUCUCAACUUCACUGAAAAACUUAUUGAAGAGCAUUUAGGAUAAUUGAAGUUAGAUAAUCAAAAGUAACCUAAAUAUCUCCAAAGAGAUCCAAAGGCAUACAGAUAAUUUGUUCAAUCUACUUACCAUUCAAAGGACAGAGAGGAUCCAUUCAGUCACUACUAUCUCAAAGAAGCAAAUAAGAUCGAGCCAAUGAUUGAUGAAGUAAUUGAAUUCAAAAAGAAAAAGGAACAUCAUGAAGAGAAUACAUUUAGUUAAGAAAAACUUUCCAAGUACAAAUAAAGAGAGAAGAAAUUAUGGGAAAAGAUUGAUAAUGUUCUAUUGCAAGACUAUCUUAGUAGUGAUGACUUCCUAAAUAUUAGUACAGUAAACAAGACAGAUUACACAAUCAACUACGACAUGAAAUCGUUAGUGAAGAGUGAAUUCAUUUACGAUGUCGAACCAGAACUCCUAGACUCUGGUUUGACUGAUCAAGAGUACCUCGAUCUAUCUAGAGCAAGAUCUGAAUCAAAGCUUAUCAAGAUGAAGAUCAUCUAUAAACUAAACUAAGAGCAAGAACUUACAGUCAAUGAGAAGAAGUAUUUAAAGAACUGGCUGCACGAUAUUCAAUAGAACCAAGACAGAAAUGUCCUUAAUCUUAGAGACUCAUUAUUGCCCGAAAAACCAUCUAAACUCAGCUUGAAUGACGUAGACGCAUAGAGUCUAUAUGCACUAAACUCGAUAACUAAAGUUCAAUUCGACAGAGAACAACACGGGCAAUAUGCUCUUAAUGAAUUGGUUCUCGAGUUAUCGCACUUUUUAGAUGAGGAAGUUAUCAAUAAAGUUGAGACUGAAGUCUAUUCAGAUAGACUCCGCAAAGAUUGGGGUAUCAGUAACGACUUUAAGGUAAUUGAAACCAGAAAUAAAGAAAUCAGCUUGGUCUUGAACGAACUAGAGGAGUUAGCAUUCAGAGCAUCCGGUUAAUUCAAUGAUACUGACCACGAAGGCAUAGUGAAGAUGUACUCACUCAAGAGAAAUAGAGAUGUCUUUGAUAGAUCCUACUACGAAAUGGACCUUAAGAGUUUGAAGGAGUUCAUGAAUGCAGCAAAUCCAUAUGAUGAUAGAAUCAAACUUGUCGAACAAUGGCUAUAAAGAAAAGAGGUAGAAUUCGAAGAGAGAUAAGCCUUAGCACCUUAGAGUCUGAGAAAGUCUGACUUUGAGCUACACGCUGAGUACGAUAGAUCGCUCAAGGCUGCCAGAGAACGACUUGUCUCUAAGUUACUAGUGGCUGACGAGUACGGCAAUAAAAUCAAUAAAGAAUAUAAAGAUAUGACUUCAAGAGAGCUUCAUAUCAUCUCUGAAAAUCUAGCUGUCAGACUGUACCUCUUCAACUAUGACUAUCCUAUUUUCUUACCUCAGGCUAUUGAAGCUAUCACGAGUCAUCCUAACCUAUAGCAAUCAGAUAGAAAUCUUAUUGAAACUUACUGCAAGAUAUUUGAACUUGAUUGGAGAGGUGAGAAAAACGCUGCGAGUAGAGAUGACUUGCUCUGCCACUCACCGAUACCACUAAUCGGAACUAAUGUAAAAUCAUACGGUGCUGUCACCAAAGAGACAGUGAAUGAAAUGAUCAGAAGAGCCUGUGCCCCAUACGUGGACCAAGCUGCUCAUUCAUUGUUGAACUACAAACUCUGA